CAACUCUCGUCUGUGAUGCAAACUUAUUGUCUACCCAGUACUAUUCUAUGCUGCUCUCUCCUACCUAGCUCGAAGACCAACUGUGAUACCCGCAUGCCAAUACGCUUAGUUUCGACCAUUUUUGAAUCCUUGCUAUUGCUUGCCAGUUUAUCUUUAGAGCAGUCAUGACAACAUACGCGACACACAUGCCCCAAGAUGUUGUCAAACAGUCGGGUACAUUAACCAGAUUUCCCACGGCAGUCCAUCGUGAUCAUGCUCUAUGCCUGGAAGCAGCACACAAGAUUCGACAUGACUUUGUAUCCAAGGUUGAUGUGGAAUUGAACGCUAAGACGAUAGGGGACUAUCCUGUUCUGGGCCCAGUUCAUGUUGUUGCCUUUACCAUACCAGAGUGCUUGCCUGAAAGGCUGCAGAUCAUGACGAGGUUCACCGACUUUACUAUAAUGAAUGACGGUAGGCCCGCAAACAUGAUUUCAAAGACAUAGAGUUGACAACCGCUAGACUACUAUGACGUUGUCGACAUUAAGACAGUGACCGCGUUCAACGCCGGUCUCCAGCGUUCGCUACAAGGCCCCGGUGAUUCGACAAGCGACGGAACAAAUGUAGCAAUCAAAACAAAGCAGUUUCAAGCCAGCAUUUUAGUCGAGAUGAUGACGAUGGACCGCGAUCUGGCUAUGGACGUCAUGACCACUUACAGUAAUGGCCUGCAGAUAGCAACAUCUCCGCCUUCCGGCAUCUCUUCUAUAGAAGAGUAUCUCCCCAUUCGACUGGUG